CAGAAAUCAUCUACUGGGAACAGUACACUGGAUAUUCUUUGUUGAAAAUUUAAAGCACACAAGAUGAAGCUUGUUCUAAGUUUCCUGUUUAUUUGCGUCUUUCUUAAGGAGGUUGAAUCCAUAACUCUUAGAAAAAAACAAAGCGCAUCAGAAGAAUGCGUCUGUCUGCAUGGUGGUACCUGCGUAUAUUAUAGGAUCUACAAAAGGCCAUACCGAUGCGUCUGUCAAAAAGGUUACGCUGGAGAACAAUGUGAAAUAGAUACAAAAGCUAUAUGCUACAAUGACAGAGGUCACGAUUAUAGAGGAACUGCUUCUAAGACAUCUGGUGGGCAUGACUGCUUAGCUUGGGACUCUCAUCGUCUAAAACACAAAGUGUUUAAUACUCAGAAAGAGGGGGCUCUGAAACUGGGUCUUGGGAAGCACAACUUUUGCAGGAAUCCAGAUAAAGGAAGCAAACCAUGGUGUUAUUUUAAAAAUGGAAGACAAAUUCAAGCAAUGUUCUGUGAUCUUCCCAACUGUGAGAUAGAGAAGAGCCCAGAUUCUACCUGUGGUCAGCGUCAGCAUAAAAUGUACAAAGUAGUGGGCGGAAGCAGCACUUCCAUUGAGUCUCAUCCAUGGUUAGCAACUCUCUACCAGACUGACAGACGAAGACAGGAAAAAUAUGUGUGCGGUGCCAGCCUCAUUAACCCCUGCUGGGUUCUUACUGCAGCUCAUUGUUUCUCCGGCAGUAACAUCCCAGAACCCAAAGAUUUUUCAGUUAUACUGGGGAAAUCUUUACUGUUUGAAACCAAUAAGGACCUGGAACAGAAAUUCCAAGUAGAGAAAAUUAUUCUUCAUUCUGAAUACAGUGAUGAAACCGGAGCACAUAAUAAUGAUAUUGCGUUGAUAAAAAUCAGGUCACCGUCUGGAAAGUGCGCUUCUCUAACAGAUUCCGUGCAGACCAUCUGCCUCCCGCCUUCUGGGCUUCAGCUGAGUGACGCUACAAAGUGUGAGGUUGCUGGAUUUGGCAAAGAGCACUACAAUAAUUUUCUCUACUCAGAAAAACUGAAGUCUGUACAGGUGGAGAUAAUAUCACAGAGCCGCUGCCAGUCAGAAGACUAUUACGGAAAUCUAGUAAAUAAUAAUAUGUUUUGCGCUGGAGACCCUGAAUGGAAGGUGGAUGCAUGCAGUGGGGACUCUGGAGGGCCUCUGAUCUGUGAGCACAAUGGACAGAUGAUUCUGUAUGGCAUAAUAAGCUGGGGGGACGAAUGUGCCAAGGAGAACAAGCCAGGAGUUUAUACCCGAGUUACUAAAUACCUGCCUUGGAUUAAUGCACUAUUGACAGACAACAAUAAGUUAUCGAAUAAGUCAAUUCCAAAAUAAUGACUUCUCCUUCCAAAGUUUCUCACCAGACUGUAAGAUAACUUCUGAGAACCCUUUCACUGCCAACACAAAGGGUUAUGGUUUACAGAACAGCAGAAUGCAUAAGCUGCAAAUUUUAUAUAAUUUUAAAAGUUUGUGAUCAGUACAAGAAAUUAUUUGUACAUUAAUAGUUUCAGAUACAUAGAUGACUUACAUGAUGAAAGUUUUGAAACCAUUCAGUUCUACCAAAUAUAAAAGAUGGCAUGUACACCUUAAAACUGAGAUAUGUUCAGCUUUUAUUAUGCUGAAGUGAAGGUUAAUUGCACUUAUGUUCCGUUAAGUGUCUCUACUGCUCAAGGAUGACUUAAUAAUUGGUUAGGGAUAAUUUUAUCCUAAGUCAAUUAGUGCCUUAGGAAUGUGAUCUGUACUAGCUGUUUGAAGUAACUCAAAAGCAUAGCAAUUGAAAAUCAUCUUCUCCAAGAUGCUAGGGGUUCAUACACACCAAAUAUGCGUACAGAACUUAUUUUCAUUUACGUGUAUCCAUUAAUUUAUAUAAGAACCCUCUGUAAAUAUGUAAUGAAUAAUUUAUUCUAAUGUAAUUAUUGGAAUAAUAUUUAUAUUAAUAUUUUUUAUUUAACACCUACAUAUGAAGGAUGCAAUAUGUUCUAAUGACUAAUGUUCUACUGUGAGUUCAGGUAGCCAUACUAUAGUUGUUUACUAAUAGUUAUUAAUGUUAAUAAUAUUGUUUUCUCUGUAUUAAAUAACUAAGAAAAAUAUGUGCAAGCCAUUCCUUUCCCUGUAAUUUCAAUAUCAGUUCAAGUUGACCUACCAAAACUGAUAGACUUAUUGUCUAAUAGAUUUAUAUUUUGGUCUUUUUGUAUUUAGCUCUCUUAAAGGGACAUGAAACCCAAAAAAUGGCUUUCAUGAUUCAGAUAGAUCAUACAAUUUUUAAACAACUUUCCGAUUUACUUCUAUUAUCUAAUUUGCUUCAUUCUCUUGGUAUCCUUUGUUGAAGGAGCAGCAAUGCACUACUGGGAGUAAGCUGUAAGCUGAAAGCCAAUGGCAAUAUGCAUAUAUGUGUAGCCACCAAUCAUCAGGUUCUGAGUCUACCUAGGUAUACUUUUCAACAAGGGAUACAAAAAGAACAAAACAAAUUAGAUGAUAGAAGUAAAAUGGAAAGUUAUUUAAAAUUGCAUGCUUAGUCUAAUUCAUGAAAGAGAAAUUUGGGUUACAUGUCCCUUUAAGAAUAUGCCUAAAUCUUUUACUGCAUUAUAUUCAACAACCUGUGCUGAGAGGAGUCUUUUUGAUUUUACUACUGUUUCAGUAAAAUAUAGUUUAAUGUCCACAAAACCUGGUGCUCACCAGGUUCAAAGCACUACCUCUUGUUGAAGUUUAUUAUUAUAUUUUACUUAAAUAGUACAAUACAUAACAAGGUAUCCAAAACAGUACUGGGUAAUUGUUCUAAUAGAACCUUGUUUGGUAUAAUACUGUACAUAUUUUUAUUUAAUACUACUACUGGCAUAUUACAAUAAUUUGAUUGUCAUUUUAUGCAAAGAUUUACUGUAGUGCUCUGUAGCUCUUUUGUGUUAAAUUGUAUUUCUUAAAUCACAUGAAAAGGUUCAAAUUAAUUUUUUUCUUCAAUUUCAAAAAUGUAUAUGAAUAUGACUGUGCCCCCGUAUGUAUUCUUCUGUAAGGAAUAUAUUGAGAAUGUUAAACAGACACACAUAUUGUUACAAACCAUGACUCUGUGCCUUGCUAUGUAAUCCAUUGACUGGAAAAAAAGGACCAUAAUUUACUUUAUAGCUACAGGUAGUCCUCUUUUAUAGCUAAGGGAAUAAACAUCCUUUUAUGGGCUGGUCCCUUAAGCGUUAACUUAUUUAUUUGUUUAUUUUUAUUUAUUUAUUUGUAUUUUAUUUUUAAUUCAUAUUAAUAAAUUAUUUUUAUGCAUAA